GAGGUGUUGUUGCUGCUAGACAUUCUCUGGCUGCUGCAAAAACAAAUGAUGUCGCCACAUUGACAUUAUGUGCAAUAACAGAUAACGUUAGAGUUGGCAGAUAAAAUGGGCGCAUUUUAUUGUGCUGUAUGCAGACAGACCGAUUUCACUGGCAGAGGGCACGUCUUUGGGAAAAGUCAUCAAGCUAAACUAAAAGUGGUCCUCGUGAAGUUCUUGGAAAAGGUGAAAGAAGCGAGGCGGACCAUCAAGGUCCCUCAAGUGGAGAAGUUUUCCAGUACUAAACACCACUGCAACUUCUGGUGUUACUGCUGUGAGCUCGAGGUGCCAAAGCAUGUUACAAAUGGAAAUCUCACCGUGUUGUUCGGCGGUUUGCUGGAGCACAUGAGCACUCCAGAGCACCGAAAAAAUACACUCAAGUUUUGGUGGCAGAAUAAAGCUGACUCGAAGCUCAGGGAGAAAUGUAUCAUUCCCUCAGAGGACAUUGAUAGGUUUAAGGAAGAGGUUGCCAAGGCUCUUGAAAACUUUGAGGAGAAAGAGGAUGUUCACAUCAAAGAGCAAGCAGCCAUUAUAAGAGGCCAGGAGCAACAUCGCUGUGAGGUUCUUCAUGCGGUCAUAGAGUGUGACCCAGAACUGGAGCAAUCCACUGAGCAAGCCCAACAGGAUUCUGAGACCUUGGGAAGAAGCUCUUAUUCAAGGUCUCAAGGGCAGAACAUCCAGCCAGGGCCCAGCUGGGUUGGUCCAGUGGUGGAGAGUCGGUGGAGCGGUACAGAGAGCAGCUUGACUUUCAUCGGCUAUCAGGACUCCUCAGGCAGUGGAAAUGUCCACACAGGAGCCGUUCCCCCGUGGAUGCAAGAGGAUCCUCAGGAGGGUCGCUCAGAGACGACAGUUCAGGACAUCGGGCCAUCGCUACAAGACUUCUUGAAGCAAAAAGAGCAAGACAAGCUAAAGAAACUUCCACCAAAUCGGGUUGGAGCCAAUUUUGACCACAGUUCACACACAGAUCCUAACUGGCUACCAUCUUUUGGUCGCGUGUGGAACAAUGGUAGACGAUGGCAGUCCAGGCAUCAGUUUCGAGAGGAGGAGGGGACGGCAGGCCGGCGAAAGAGAAAGGGCGGCCUUUGGGGGAAAGGUGGCAAGAGGGCAAACAAGUCAAACAACACCGACACUAACUCCCAGUAAUGCGGAGUUGUUCAGUAAAUGUAUGCCCCUCCCCCCCAGUGGCUUAAAAUCCAUUUGUUUAUAGUGUAUAGUGUCAUUAUGAUCCAAGCAUAUGAGGUCAAGAUUCCUCAUCUGUCUUACUUACUGGAUUAUUGUUUUGGUUAUUAGAUACUCAUUACUUUUUGAAAUUAUUCAUAUGAAAUGUUUUUCAUGUAUCAUACUGUACCUGCAGUGUUUUUUUUUUUAGUUAGUGAUGUCUAGGCAUCAGUUUUAUUGUAUUUUUUCUAAAGAAUGUAAUGUUAUGCAGUGGCAGUGUUCAUUCAGAUCAAUCUUGAGAUGAAGUGAAGAAAAAGAGGACAAGUCUGGUUUAUGUUUGACAUUGUAUCAGUUUCAAAUUUAAUAGAAUCUCUCAACUAAAAGUUAUUAAUGAUUUCAACAGAAAGCCAAAGAUCAUAAUAGUGUUCUUCAUAAAAUAUAAUACCUCAUGAACAUCUAGACAAAAUAAUAAAAAUACAGGUAACAUUAAUAUUUAGGGAAUACCUUGCAGUCUUUUUUUCAUCUUAGUAGUUUAUGUUAAAACAAUACAUAAGGUGUAGAAAGCAGAAGAGCCACAUUCAAGGACUCUUCUGGUGAGAGAUGGCAGUGUUCAUAAUUACAAUUUUACAUUUAAAAUAAACCAUACACCAUCAUUUCAUAA